AUCAUGUUGAACUCCUUGCACAAGUACGAGCCAAGAAUUCAUAUAGUGCGAGUGGGUGGCCCCCAGCGAAUGAUCACCAGCCAUUCCUUCCCAGAGACUCAGUUUAUAGCCGUGACGGCCUACCAGAACGAGGAGAUCACAGCUUUAAAAAUUAAAUACAAUCCGUUUGCAAAGGCAUUUCUUGAUGCAAAAGAAAGAAGUGAUCACAAAGACAUGAUGGAGGAAGUGGGAGACAACCAGCAGUCUGGGUAUUCACAGUUAGGUAGCUGGCUUAUUCCCGGGACUGGGACUCUGUGCCCACCUGCCAACCCUCACCCUCAGUUUGGAGCCCCCCUGUCGCUCUCCCCUGCUCACAGCUGUGAAAGGUACUCGUCGCUGAGGAACCACCGUCCUGCCCCCUACCCCAACCCCUACACCCACAGAAACAACUCGCCAACAGCCUAUGCAGAUAACUCCUCUGCCUGCCUCUCCAUGCUGCAGUCCCACGACAACUGGUCUUCUCUAGGAGUUCCCACACACACGACGAUGCUGCCCAUGAGUCACAGCACUGGCACAGCUACCAGCUCCAGUCAGUAUCCUAACUUAUGGUCUGUGAGUAACAGCACCAUCACACCGGUGUCUCAGUCAAGUGGGAUGUCCAGCGGCCUGAGCUCCCAGUUUUUACGUGGCUCUCCAGCGCACUACACUGCCCUUCCGCACCCGGUCCCUGCCGCCUCCUCCGCAUCCCCCCUGUACGACGGUGGGGCACCCACGGACCUGCCUGACAGCCAGUACGAUGCCUCUGCACACGCCAGGCUAGCAUCCACGUGGACGCCUGUCACCCCCCCUUCCAUGUAA